AUGCGAUACCCUCCGCUAGAAGUGGUCCUCACAUGGCCGGAGCCCAAUUAUGUCAACCCGGAGAACCGCGGCCCAGCCCUCUUGAUCGUCAACCUAACAAUCCUGCCACUGGCCCUGCUAUGUCUCGCCCUGCGAUUGUGGGUUCGCGUCAGGAUGCUGAAAAGGUUUUGGUGGGACGACUGGUUGAUGAUUGCCGCGACGAUAUGUUGCUGUGGAGUGACCGUAGCGGCCAUCGUCGCCAGUCAGUUAUACGGAUGGAAUCUCCACGUAUGGGAUUUGAGGCCCAAGGAGAUGCUCCAGGGGAGACAGGUCUCGAUAGCUUGCCAGACGAUUUUCCUCUUCGCCUCUGGAUUCGGGAAGCUGUCUAUCCUCGUCAGUUACCUGCGGAUCGCUUUGGUUGGUUCGUGGUUUCGACGUCUGGCAUGGGCCUCGAUCGCGUUGGUCGCGGCGACCAUCCCUGCGUUUUUAGUCUUGUUAUGGCUUCAAUGUCGCCCGGCGUCGAGUUAUUGGAACCUGUUUCUGGUGACCCGCGACUGCAUCCCCGAAGGACCUCCCCUGAUGGCCAACACAAUAAUAACGGUCCUCACCGAUUUCAUUGUUUACGUUCUCCCGAUGCCAAUUUUCUGGCAGCUCAAACUUCCCCUGAUGCAGCGCAUCAGUCUUAUGGUUGUGUUCGGUUUCGGUAGCGUCGUGGUGGUGGCCGGCUGUCUGCGUACAUACUGGAUCCAUUACGUCGAAUUCGAGACGUACGACGUGACCUGGGAGGGUUUCUAUCUGUGGAUCUGGGGAACUGUCGAAGUCAACUUGGGGGUUAUCUGUGGAUGCGCGCCCGUCCUCAAACCCCUGGUCUGGCCGUCCGAGUACAGCACUCGCUCGCGCAGCCGCGGCGGCUACAAACACACUUCCGCCGCAACCGACGACUCGCGCCAAUGGGGUGGCAAGAAGAGACGAACACCCAUAUCGACGUUGGUUCUCGAAAGCGACGAAGGGUUUGUGCCCCUGGACGAUCUCGACUCGAGAAUAAAAGCCUCCCAUUCGAGGCCGCUGGGACUGCCGCUUCAAGACGAAUUGCCUAGACCUCCACGAUCAGCUUUCCAGCCAGCGCAAUAUAAUGCAAUGCUCUUUGCAAACAACGGAGAUCCCGAACCCGGUCUUGCGCCGGCUGCCAUACGAAAGUAUUGA